AGAAUCGGCACACAAAAUAAAAAGGAUAAAAAGAACAGAACGAAAAGGAAAUUUUUUUCCUUAUCCAUUUUUCUGUCGACCGAAAAAGUUCCAUUUAUUUGUAGCCGUAUUAUGUAAAUAAAUACACAGAGUAAAAAGUGAACAUGUGAUUUUCAUAAUUUUCCAAUGAGAAAGUGAUCAACAACGGUGUCAAGCUGUUGUUUUGUGGUUGUAUUUUACUUGAACGGGGGUCCGACAAUAACAAUACGGAGGGCCUCAGGAGUGCGUUAGCCCGUCUAAGACAUCGAACGGGCCCCUCACUCCCAAACCCGUCCAAUACCAAUAGUCCCCAAGGUACCGUCAUCUCGGAUAUACGAACGUAUCAUCUGAGUGAUAAGUCAAUAUCACCUUUACCAACACCUGCACCACCGUCAACCCCCCGAAAAACAAAAGUUUCCACGCACAACGCAAUGACUGUAUCCGUAACUCAUGCACAAGUAUCCAUAGCAACAGCCACAUCUUCCGUAACAAAUCCAGCGGUUGUUGCAAUGGCAAUGAUUCGUCCGACGAGUCCAGGCAAUUCAAGCAGUUCCGAUACGGAAAAUGUGGCCCAUUCAUCAUCGUCAGCAUUACGCCGUUUGUAUUUUAAAAGUGCGCGUAGUGCUAGAGCCAAAGGACCAACAGUACCAAAGGUCGUUGUUAUGGGUUCAUCAACAACAUCUAAUUCUGAAGCUACAAUUAACACUUCCACCGAAUCGGCAUCAACAUUGGUGACAAAUGUAACGGCAACUGAUACAGAGACGUGCGAUUCAUUGGAUUUAGGCGACACAUCUGGCCAAAGUGAACCGCUAUUAAGUUCAUUCGACGAACCAGCUACGGCGAUAUCAAUUAAUUUACGACAAACAGGCAAUCUAACAGAAGACGAGGACCAUAAUCUAAUUACACCCGGAGCGGAUACCCCUCUGUUAAUCAAUUACGAGGAAAAUAAUUCGAAAAAUCGAAGGGCGCCACAAGCACCACGAACAGCGCCAAUAACAUCGACCACACAUUUUCCAUUCGACACACCAACGUCACCGAAAAGUGUCCGAUCAUUUGAGAAAAAUCAAUCUUUAUUCACAUUUGCUAAGGACCCAUAUCCUUAUCCUAUAGCAAACACCGUCGGCACCGUCGCCGCAACGACAGUUCAACGUGGUGGCACGAAAGUGAUGAAGAACGGUUGUGCCCGAGACGAGGAAAAAGAGAACGAAAAGCGCUGGGAACAAUCGAAAUUUUUGUCGCGAAAAUUCAAUGACGUUCUGGUCGAUGAGACCGACAUUGACGACUGUAAAAUGGAAAAGAAAGACAUUUCGCUGAAGAGUCGCAAUCGUUUUUUGAAUUCAUUCAAAAAUUUGUCCAACAAAGAGAAGUACGGAUCGAAUUCGAAAAUCAAUUCGGCUCCCGUAGUCAGUCUGGCCAAAAGGGAUUCUGAUUCCGUGCCGGACACCACCAUGUUUCCGUUCGAUCGCGAAGCGAUCGACUACGAACGCAUUCAGAGAGAAUGUUUUGCGGUGGAAGAAGAUCCGGACGGGUUUCCUCAUUGCUUUGACACGGAUAGUUCGGUCAUCGACACCGAGAGUCCGGCGUACGAGCGACCGUAUUUCGAUUCGCCGUCAAAAAGUUAUCAGAAAUUCAAAAUGGACAAAUACUCGGGCUAUCCGUCGAACAGUGACAUUUUCUAUCAGUACAAUAUGAUCUCACAGCAGGAAAGUAUUCUGUCGUAUGAAAAGGAUAACCGAAAACCGAACAAAUUUGAUAAGAGAAAAUCAGAUGCCUUCAUACCGAAACCGAGCAAUGACUCUGUGGCUAAAUCGGUUUCAAAAUUCGACCAAAUCGCAUCGAAAUUCGAACAAAUCCCUCCAAAACCCUUAGAUGCCUUCCAUCACACCGUCCAACCGGAAUUACACUACACAUCAACCGCAUCGAGCGCACAACAAUCCACAUCAUUCACCGACACAACCGUACCCAAUCUUCGAAUAGAUUAUUUCGCCGAAUCCAAACCAACUGACAACGCAUUGGACGAUGGCCAAAAACUAGCGCAUAAUAGUCCCGGUGCUAUAAAUGUAACACCGAAUCCGAUGGAUGCGCCAGUCUGUACGCAACCGCGAGCCACUAUAGUCGUUCAACAAGCUUCGCUCAGCUUGGACAAUACGGUUGAAACAUUUUUGCUGAAAAACGAAGGUGACUUCGUCAGCGUUGAACAAGGUAAAGAAAGCACAAGGAAACAGAAACGCGAAGAAAACAUGCGACAACUUUUAGACGUUACAAAUACAUUAACAACGGAAGAAAUACGAGACUUUGAAAUGAGAUAUGGUUCGCCGCAUCAUUGCAGAUCGCAAUCCGUCAAAACGCCGGGAAGUCGGGCAUCGGGUCGACCGAAUCAGUUAUGUCUUCCACAGCAGAGAUCCAGAGUCGCAUCUAUGCCGAAUACUGGUGUGGAAGAAGAGUAUUACAGAUUAAGACAUUUUUCCAUAACCGGAAAAGGAGUAGUGAAUCGAGGCGAUUCAUUAAAGAGCAAAAGAAGUCGAUCCAACAAUAGUGUUGCCAGUUCCAAUUCCAGUACCGAGCAUUUAACUGCAACGAAUAUUUUAAAUUCGGCAAGAACAUCAGCUACGUGCAGCCUUGCAUCGAGCAGAGAAAGUAGUACAUCCAAUCCACCGGGCAAUGGACCGUACAAAGUUUUGAUGUUGGGUGAGGCUGCCGUUGGAAAGAGUUCUAUCGUGUCACAGUUUAUGACUUCGGAAUAUCUGCAUGCAUAUGAUACAAGCAUAGAUGACGAUACCGGAGAAAAAUCCAUUUCCGUGUUACUUAGUGGAGAGGAAUCGGAAUUGAUAUUCAUUGAUCAUGCGACGGCUGAUAUGUCUCCAGAAAAUUGUCUUUCAAGCUAUAAUCCCCAUGGCUAUUGUGUUAUAUAUUCGUCCUCUGACCGAAAUAGUUUUGUCAGCGCCGAACGCAUCAUCCAAGCACUGUGGACAUCCGAAAAUAUCGCCCAACGAGCAGUGAUAUUAGUGGGAAACAAAGCUGAUUUGGUUAGAAGUCGGACCAUAACAUCGGAAGAGGGAAAAGCGAUGGCAACAGCGUAUGACUGUAAAUUCAUUGAAACAUCGGUUGGUAUCAAUCAUAAUGUAGAUGAGCUACUCGUGGGCUUAUUGACACAGAUACGUUUGAAAUUGGAAAAUCCAGAGAAAUCAAGGGAUUUGUUUCGCAAACGGUCUUAUAGAAAGUCGAAACGAAGAGCAUGUUCACCAUUGGGUUCGGCCUGUUUGUCGGGAAAUGGUGGAACGAAUCCCAGUACUCCAGUUUCUGCCACAACAAACAACCUGGGAUGCAAUGAGUUCAAUACGCCGCCUAGCAGUGCACAAAGCAGUCCGAGAAAAUACCGUGGAUCACGCACAUCUACCAGUUUAAAGGUGAAAGGACUUUUGGGACGAGUGUGGGCCAGAGAUUCCAAAUCAAAAAGCUGUGAGAAUCUUCAUGUGUUGUAAAAGUUGUAAAAAUAAGAAGAAAAAGAUUUCCGUGUCUCCAUUUAAAUUUGAAAAAAAAAAAAAUCCGCGACAUUGUAACGCGGCAAUGAGUUUAAUUCCAAAGUAAACAAAAAGUUAAAAUUAAAAACUAAGGAAAGAUAAGCAAAAUUUUCCAAACUUAAGCAAAACAAAUUUUAAUUCAAAAAUGUAGAAACUUAAUUCAUCAAAAAUGAACCGUGUAUACAAUGGGAACAGUUGGUGUGUAAAAAAAAUAUUAAUUUUAAAAUUUAAAUU